CGCAAGCCUUCCACUGCGUUGCUGUGUUGAUAUCGAGAUAUUCCACUUAUUCAAAUAUGAAUCAUGCAUUUGAUAUUUCUGGCCACUUUGCUCGUCAGCGUCCUCUCGCCCUGGCUUCAUCCAUCUCUAGCGUCAUCCGACUCUCAAGGAGUAGAGGACAAGGUUGAGAGGGAUGCGGUGCCCGUGCUGCUGAAGCAACAGGCGACUGCAGCACCUGCCACAGACAACACAACCCACCAUGCAGCAGAGCAUGAGAUCACCUACCCCUCCCGGCUGAUCUACUACCUGAACGAGGACUCGGAGAGCACCUACCAUGACCUGGACACGCGAGUCCAGAGCCAGGCUGCCGAGGGCCAGGCAGUCCACCUUGCCCAGGCCAGUUUCCAGUUAGAGGCGUUUGGCUCCAGAUUUGUCCUGGAUCUAAAGUUGAACAACGACUUGCUGUCUUCAGAUUAUGUUGAGAUCCAUUAUGAAGAGGGCAAACCUGUUCUAUCAAAGGGCGGUGAGCACUGUUACUACCACGGCCAGUUGAGAGGGAACGAUAACUCCCACGUGGCCUUGUCUACCUGCAACGGGCUGCACGGGAUGUUUGACGAUGGAGUCUAUGUGUAUCUAAUUGAGCCCUUGGAACAGACUCAUUUGAUCGAUACAGCUGCAAGGCCUCACACUUUAAGAAGAGCAGCCUCCCUUCACUGGAAUAAUGAUCCAGAGGAGCAGGAUGAGGAGGGGCGGCUCUUCUCGGAGCUUGAUGACUUGUCCUGGCUGAAGCGCAGGAAAAAGCGAGCUAUGCCUCGCAGUGUGUUUGAGGAGAUGAAAUAUUUAGAGAUCAUGAUUGUCAGUGACCACAGUAUGUAUAAACGACACAAGACCAAGCAGCACACGAGGAAUUUUGCCAAGUCUGUGGUGAAUCUUGUGGAUGCUAUCUUCAAAGAGCAGCUACAUACACGUGUGGUGCUGGUUGCCGUGGAGAUCUGGACCGACAAGGAUCAGAUCCCCAUCAGCGUGAGGCCGCUGGAGAUGCUGCGUGAUUUCUCCAAGUACCGGCAGCUGAGCAUCAAGCAUCACGCAGACUCUGUGCACCUUUUCUCGAAUGUGACUUUCCACUACCGCAGAAGCAGCGCGGCGUACUUCGGGGGCACGUGCUCUAUGAGCCGCGGGGUCGGCGUCAAUGAGUACGGCACCACCGGGUCCAUGGCAGUGUCUCUGUGCCAGAGCCUGGCGCAGAAUCUGGGCAUCCAGUGGGACCCAGCAUCCAGGAGAAAGGAAUGUGGUUGUGCUGACACGUGGACGGGCUGCAUAAUGGAGGAUACUGGUGUCCAACACCCACGGAGAUUCUCCAAAUGCAGCAUCUCGGACUACAAGGAGUUCCUCUUGAAAGGAGGAGGCUCUUGUCUGUUUAACAGGCCGACCAAGCUGUUCGAGACAACCGAGUGUGGGAAUGGAUUUGUCGAGGUGGGAGAGGAGUGUGACUGCGGAGGGAGAGCGGAGUGCUACAAGGAAUGCUGCAAGAAGUGUUCCCUCUCCAACGGGGCGCACUGCAGCGACGGCCCCUGCUGCAAUAACACAUGUCUGUUCUAUCCACGAGGUUACAGUUGCCGCUACGCUGUGAACGACUGUGAUAUCUCAGAGACCUGCUCUGGAGACUCUGGACAGUGCCCUCCCAACCUACAUAAACAGGAUGGGUACCUCUGCCAGGUCAACCAGGGCCGCUGCUACAAUGGAGAGUGCAAGACCAGGGAGAACCAGUGUAAAUACAUCUGGGGGUCAAAGGCCGGAGGCUCGGAGAAGUUCUGCUACGAGAAGCUCAACACGGAGGGAUCUGAGAAGGGCAACUGUGGGAGAGAUGGAGAGAAAUGGACCCAGUGUAGCAAGCAUGACGUGUUCUGCGGUUACCUUUUGUGUACGAACAUUGGCCGCAACCCACGCAUCGGAAGUAUGAAAGGGGAAUUAACCACCAUUUUCUAUAACCAUAAAAAUGUGCAGAUAGAUUGCAGUGGUGGCCACGUCCUUUUGGACGAUGAUACUGAUUUAGGCUACGUGGAGGACGGGACUCCCUGUGGGCCGUCAAUGAUGUGCCUUGACCACAAGUGUCUGCCCAUCCAGUCACUCAACAUGAGCACCUGCCCCAGUGGACCUAAUGGACAGGUGUGCUCUGCCCAUGGGGUGUGCAACAAUGAAGCCACAUGCACGUGCGACACCACCUGGGCAGGGACAGACUGUAGCAUGCCUGACCCGCCUAAAGAGCCUGAGGCCACUCAGGACGAAGGGCCCAAGGGUCCUAGUGCCACCAAUCUAAUAAUAGGCUCCAUCGCCGGAGCCAUCCUUGUGGCUGCCAUAGUGCUGGGGGGGACUGGAUGGGGCUUUAAAAAUGUGAAGAAACGGCGAUACGACCCCAACGCCUCAGCCAUUUAACCCAGGGAGGGAUGGCAAUCACAGACGGACUCCUCCAAGGCUUCCUUAGUCGGCUACCUGACAGCUGGACUGCACUUACUGCUGCUGAUCUUUGGCAUUAGACUUACUUGAACCAGACAUAGUGGACAUUUUAACAAAUUCCAUCGUAGUGACAUA